UUUUCUCGAGAAAGUUCUCUCCCCUAACGCCAGGCUCCUCCUCUCUCUCUCUCUCUCUCCUCAACGGCUUUAAUUUGAAAUUCUUUGAGCUCGCACUUCCGCGUCUCUCCUCAAUAUAUUACUGCACUGGGCAAUUGCGGCCACCUACCAGACUUCUUUCAUUUCCUCUAUUUCUUUCUCCUGGUGUCUUUGCUCUCUUCAACGAGUUUUUGAUUCAACUGCACCAUCUUAAGUGUAAGCAGUUGUCCGUGCUAGCAUGGCAUCUGGUAGUCCAUUUUUUGAUGAUGUGCGGACCAAAUCUGAGGUUAUUGAUCCUCCCCAAAGUGAAGACAUGAUGGAUGUUGGUGAAGGUGUGAAUGAUGCUACUCCCAUCCCGUUAAAACCUAAUGUGACUGUUUCUAGCAGUGUUCGUGAACUUCUGGAGUGCCCUGUGUGCUUAAAUGCCAUGUACCCCCCUAUUCAUCAGUGUUCAAAUGGUCACACGUUAUGUUCUGGUUGCAAACCCAAGGUUCACAACCGGUGUCCCACUUGUAGGCAUGAUCUUGGUAAUAUAAGAUGUCUUGCAUUGGAACAGGUGGCUGCUUCGCUGGAACUUCCAUGUAAAUAUGAGAGUUUUGGUUGCAUGGGCAUAUACCCGUAUUACAGCAAGCUAAAACAUGAAUCUCAAUGUCUACAUAGACCCCAUAACUGCCCCUAUGCUGGUUCAGAAUGCACUGUUAUUGGAGAUAUUCCUUAUCUGGUGGCCCAUUUGAAAGAUGAUCACAAAGUUGACAUGCACAAUGGCAGCACUUUCAACCAUCGCUAUGUAAAAUCAAAUCCCCAUGAAGUUGAAAAUGCUACCUGGAUGCUAACGGUUUUCAGUUGCUUUGGCCAGUAUUUUUGUCUACAUUUUGAAGCUUUCCAGCUUGGGAUGGCUCCUGUCUACGUAGCAUUCUUGCGGUUCAUGGGCGAUGAUAACGAGGCAAAGAACUACAGCUACAGUCUAGAAGUGGGUGGAAAUGGGAGGAAGAUGAUUUGGCAAGGGGUGCCGCGUAGCAUUAGGGAUAGUCACCGGAAGGUUCGUGACAGUUUUGAUGGUCUCAUCAUUCAACGUAACAUGGCUCUCUUCUUCUCAGGGGGAGACCGGAAGGAGUUGAAGCUUAGGGUGACUGGAAGGAUAUGGAAGGAACAGUGAUAGUAGUCUCUCCCUUAACCUCCUUCCUUCAAUCUUUUUCUAUAGUUAUAGUAAGGUUAGUCACUUUUCGUUGGCUAUAAGUAGUCUCUUCUGCCCAUGUAUUUUUUGGAAUUUAGGAAGCAAACUCUCUUUGCUUCUAGAAGGAACUCUUAUUCUAGAAUUAAAAUAUCUUUCUGUACUCAUGCGUGAAGAGAGAGAGGGAGGGAAGGGAGUCCAUAAAUCACCGUAAAAUUGUCAAGUACAACGCAAAACUAAAACUACAAACUUCACUCUUGCACGUUCAUAUCGAAUCGAACGCAUGAUUGCUUGCAUGGAUAUCCCACAUGUUUCGAAGUUUUGAAUGAAGAAGGAAACUGAAUACUUGUUUUCUCCAGGAUGGAAGUACCAAACACUGUUGUGGUAAAUGUAGAAAAAAAUAAAUAAAUUUGUGUAUCCCUAAGUUCCAAUACUUUUA